GAGUUCAAGCAACCAAUUUCUGUGGUCCCCUAAAUCUGUGACGAAAUGAAAGGAAUUAGCCUGAACUUACUUUUUGUAUGCAUUCUUAUGAGCAGCAAUUAUGUAAUAUCUUGAUUGUGCUACGUGACUCAGGUGUCGUUUGCAGAGUCGACCACGGAGGCUGACCAUGUGUUUUCCUGCAUUCCUUCUCGCAGACUGUCCCAGUUGAUGACCCAUGACUGGCCAGAGCUGGCAAGCAUGUUGCUCGGUAUUCCAACGGUACAUGUGGCCUCUGUCAACCUCGAGUACAAGGGCAAGGUUUUGUCUCAGGAGGCUCCCGGAUUUCUCGUGCCUUCUCGGGAGGUGCCUCACGUGCUUAGCGUAUUGUUUGACUCGUGCUGCUUUCCCGAACAUGACGGGCAGUACGACGUCAAGACUCGGAUAACCUGCCUACUUGGUGGCCGCUGGUUCAAGCAACAGUUUGGAGAAGUGGAUGCGGUGGAUCCGCAGACACUGCUCGAGUCAGCCCAGCUGGCGGCACAGACCUACCUGGGCAUCAGCCAGUCGCCGGUCAGGCACAGCGUCGACCUGCUCAAGGACUGCCUGCCCCAGUACCUAGUGGGCCAUGUGCAGAAGCUUUCUGGAAUCCAGCAGCACAUUGCAGACCGAGGACUGAACCUGACCCCUCUGGGGGCCUCGUACCAGGGACUAGGGGUCAACGAAUGCAUCUACAAUGCCCGCCUGGCGGUGGAAGGCUAUCUAGCCAAGCUCAGGACCUAGUCACAUUCGGCGCUGUCAUUGUAUGGGACAGGCUCUGGUGGUGGUGGCCAGUGACAUCUCCUCCACUCUUAGCGUUGCUUGCUUCUGGUCAUGUGAAGGUCGAUUUAUCGAAAAGAAGGAAAUUUUUAGAGCCGGUCGGGUUGUGUGAGAACUGCUUUGGGUGUUUGCAACAAGACAUCAGAUGAUACACAGGGGAACAGAGCCUGGCCAUGGCGUGGUUGCUUUUUUAUAAUUAUUGUUUAUGAAGCUUGGAGCUCAACUGUGAGGUUUCUCCUGUUAAGCGUUGGCAUUCAGUUCCGAGGAGGAGCUGCAUUUUGAGCGAGUGCCUUUAUUUAUUUCUGGAAGGUUUAAUUUUAAAGUUACUUAAUGAACUAUGUUCUUUUUCUGUUUUUUUGUCUUAAGGUUAUUUUUGGCAUCAUCCAUGUUUUGAAAGUUAUGAACUUGGCAUCAUCCAUGAAAAUGGAUGACGCUAAGUUUUGUAUGAAACGUCGGGAUGUACACUUUGCCAUGUGGUUUUAUUGCCAAAGGAGUGUGACUGGUGAUAUAUAUAUAGCAUAAUUGCACAGUCUAUAUACAAAAUAGGAUUUUCUAUUUGUUGCAAUUUUGGUAUUAAGGAUUUUAUGGAGAUCACGGAUUGCAGUGUCAUACUCUGAAGCCUAGCAUUUUUUGUGUAGUACAAUAGGCCAUUCAUUCAAUGCAGUGUUCAGCACGUUUUGCCAUUCUAGGUGUUUUGGAGAUUUUGGAAUACAAUGGUGUUUUCAAAAGAAAGUGCUGACUCAUCUUGUAUGUACCCUAUAAUAUUGUAACUGCUAUGAGUGAGAAAAAAGAGUGGAGAGAUGCAGUAAUACUGCCAUGAAACAGAUCUUAGAAAACGUUGCAAUAAUGAGUGUGUCAGGUGACGAGAAAGGAAGAAGUAAGGCAGCCGAGAGCACUAUGCGGUAUGCUUUGAGCCGCUCACCAUUUCAGUUGCUAAGAUGCUGCGGUUAAACUUUUUACUAAGAAUCAGCUCGAGUCUCUUAAUUCACUGGCAAAGCACUCUUGCCCCCUUCACUUGUUCGUAAACAGUGCGCUCAAUUUGAUGGGAAUACCUACCUUUACGUACGGGGGCCAGUGCUCAAAGGGAACCUGAUGCCCAUCCCACCACGCGGCCGACAGCUACCAGCAAAAGGGGUUGCAUAGCCGGGUUUGCCGACGCGUUGCUGCGAACAAUGAUGAUCCCACUAUUUAACAGUGAUUAUUGGUUCCCGAAAACACACUCCAGUCGGGUGAACCGUAGACAUAAGGAGCCUGCAGUGCCCGUUGACCCCAAGCCAGGGAAAUCGCACGUGCGUCAUCGUCAGUCAGACGACCUAGUACCACGACUCGUCGCUGGCAUACAAUCUAGAACACACUGCAAACGGCCACUUACUCAAAUAAGGGAGCGCCGACUGGCCAGCGCAAUCCUUCAUGGGUCUUCCCAAAAGUCGGAAAAACCUGGCGGAGGAGUGUUUGAGGGUUGGCUAGCGAGAUGGCAACCUCUUCCACAGCACGAAAUGGUACGCUCCGGCUAAAAGUCAAACAACCCUGGCAGUUGCACCCAUGGAUUAGGGCCUACACAAGGGAGGGAUGCAAGCAGUUCCUACAAUCUGUAUGUCGGUAGUAGGCACUCCUGCAUUUGGCUAUUCAUCCCAAUGCCCUGCUCUAAAGAAAAAUGAUAUGCUUCAUUUCACAAUAAAUUCAAAUGCAGUUUAA